CACAGGAAUUAACGCCUCAAGACGCGUCCCUGCUGCAAGAUACACCCGCUUUAUAAAGAGGGCGUCGUGCCCGGUGCAUCCGACCGUGAAACUAAAACCAAUAAGCUUUCCUGAUCGAGCUAGCAGGCGACGCGGAGUUCGCGCGCUACUGGGCUCGUGUGCAGGCCGCCCAGAGAGGUGCUAACCACCCCCAAGACGCAUCAAUUACCUCAAAGACUAUCUCGAGAGAUCUGCACGCUCCCAAAGAAAACAUUGCACCCCAGACCCGAAACCAUAUCCGCUGCCAUCCUCUCGUGAACACUCACAAACCAUCUUCUGCAAUCAGCACCCACGGCACCCUCUCUGCAGCGACGCAAUCAUAGUCUUACACCAACAAACCAGCACUUUACGCAUACCUCCACGCACACGCUUCCAUACGACUGCCGACUCAGAACCUCGAUUCUUGAAAGGGCCCAUGAGCCGUAGCCUCGCCGAAAAUGAAGGCUGCUCCGCUUUUGGUGUCCUGGCACAACGAGAACGCUCCCAUAUACUCAGCUCACUUUGAGCCGCACGGCAAGGGACGUCUGGCAACAGCUGGCGGAGACAACAAUGUCCGGCUUUGGAAUGUCGAGACACAUGGUGAAGAGCGCAGGGUCACCUAUCUGUCAACCCUCGUAAAGCACACACAGGCCGUGAAUGUGGUACGAUGGUGUCCACGAGGCGAAAUGCUCGCGAGCGCCGGCGACGAUGGCAACGUCCUGUUGUGGGUUCCAGCUGAGAACCAGACCACGCACAACUUCGAAGAGGGUCUCGAAGACAAGGAGACAUGGCGGGUCAAGGCCAUGUGCAGGUCUAUAGGGUCUGAGAUUUACGACCUUGCCUGGUCUCCAGACGGCGUCUUCUUCAUCACAGGAAGUAUGGACAACAUUGCCCGCAUAUACAACGCUCAAACUGGAAGCAUUGUACGCCAGAUCGCCGAGCACAACCACUACGUUCAAGGCGUGGCAUGGGAUCCCAUGAACGAAUACAUCGCAACCCAGUCGUCCGAUCGAUCCGUGCACAUCUACACACUGAAGAACAAGGACGGUCAAUUCUCGUUGGCCCAGCAUAGCAAGGUCACCAAGAUGGACCUACCCGCGCGACGUGUGUCCUCGAAUAGUCCUGCACCUCCAGACUUCGGCGGCCGAGCGUCCUUCGUUGCCGACUCAAUGGCCAUCGGCUCGCCGGUGCCAUCAAUGCCUGGCACACCGCAAUCACUGGCUCUCCCAACCAUGCAUCCGCCGCCAACUUCACACAGUCGUCGUUCAUCGUUCGGCUCCUCUCCAUCGAUGCGCCGCUCCGCCUCGCCCGCUCCCUCGAUGCCACUACCAGCGGUCAUGCCGAACUCUCCCAGUAUCAGCAGUAUCGGCACGAUUGGGGUUCGCAAUGCACCCAUCUACUUCAACGAAACUUUGACCUCGUUCUUCCGACGCCUUACAUUCGCCCCCGAUGGCAGCUUGCUGUUCACGCCCGCAGGCCAAUACAAAGCGAUACACCCGUCAAUUGGCGAAGCGAAACCAGCCGAAGACAUCACAAAUACAGUGUACAUAUAUACGCGUGCAGGGCUGAACAAGCCUCCGGUUGCAUAUCUUCCGGGUCACAGGAAGCCAUCGGUUGCUGUUCGUUGCUCACCGGUGUACUAUACCCUACGCCAGACUGUUCCACCUACGAGGCAGAUCACCAUCGAUACUUCAAACAUGGACGACGAGAUUCCUUCCUUACCCGAGCCAGUCAUGCCUUCAAAGCCUCCUACGUCUCAUUCAUCCAUGGAUCCUCCGCCCAUUACAAGUGCACCUUCCCCUUCCCCAAGCCUCUCAGCGCCGUCACCAAAGCCCACCGAUGGCGAAGCUUCUUCCCAAUCUGGGGUGCCAGCCGGGCCCCCGUCAGCUUUCACUCUCCCAUAUCGAAUGAUUUAUGCCGUUGCGACACAAGAUGCUAUUCACAUUUAUGAUACGCAACAACAAAAGCCACUGUGCAUUGUCAGUAAUCUGCACUUUGCUACUUUUACUGAUAUUACUUGGUCCAAUGAUGGCUCAAUGCUGCUGAUGACCUCUUCCGAUGGCUUUUGUUCAUCGGUCACAUUUGCUCCUGGCGAACUUGGAGAGAAGUACACUGGACCGCUAGCUGUCCAUAGUCGACCACAGCAGACACCUGCUGCGAUCAAUACCACAGGGGGCCACGCAUCGAACAACUCUACUCCAACCCCCACACCAACGACUGGAAGCAUGUCAGCUACUGCAACGGCAACUGCGCCACCUAUGCAGAGGCAACCAUCUGCAGGCUUCCCAGCCUCUCCGAGCUCCUUCGUUCCCGCAAGACCCGGCAGCCCCACAAGGAGCAACUCUGUUUCCAGCAUUGCUACUGCUUCGUCCUUUGCUCCAGGUGCAGGUGACCAGAGCAACAUGAACGCCCCAACCCCAGCUAUGUCGUCUGUCCCUAGUAUAGCUGCCGCCAAUUCUGGGCCUGUACCAAUGUGGACGCCACCCCUUACACCAGCUCACGGACAAGGCGCGACUCACAGUGCAAGCAGCUCAGUCGGUGGCAUACCCAACAUCGGCCAGGUCGGACGAAGAGAAAGCGAAAUGAGCGAGUCUGAUCGUGACGAUGUAUCUUCAACCUCGAAGAAGCGAGAGUUGCACGCGGUACCAGAACCGGACGUAGAUGCGCGAGAGAGCAAGAGACGACGGAUUGCGCCAACACCAAUUACAAUGAUGGCGGAGGGCGACAGUGCAAUUGCCAGCACCGAAGAAGAUACCCCCACGCAGACGCCAGGCCAGCAGUAGGCUUUUCAUAUUGUUCAACUGUUCCUCCGAUUUGAUGGUUGCGUAUACCUUCUUUUAAGCAUGGCGUUUAGGAUAUUAGGGUUUCAUCCACGGCGAUAUCAUGUACAGGGCUUUUCUUCUGCCUGAUCAUAUACUAGCAUGGUGCGUUUAUCAUCCACUUACCAGAGCUUUCACUGCACGAUGAUACGUGCGAUUCAUGGUUCAAAAGAUAGGUCACAACCAAUGCAGGUAAAUUCAAGUAGAGUCACCCUCCCUU